CCGGCAGCGAGGGGAGCCGGGGCCAUGGAGCGUGGUGGGGUUCCGUCCUUCCUGCCGCCCUUCCCGCACUUUGCCACCCAGGCCAUCCACGUCGGGCAGGAGCCCGAGCAGUGGCGAUCGGGUGCUCUUGUGCCUCCCCUCUCCCUCUCCACUACCUUCAAGCAAAAGGCUCCAGGGCAGCAUACGGGUUAUGAAUACAGCAGGAGUGGGAACCCUACCAGGAACUGCCUGGAGAAGGCUGUGGCAGCACUGGAUGGAGCCAAAUACUGUUUAGCUUUUGCCUCUGGCUUGGCUGCUACUUUGAACAUCACUCACCUCUUGAAGUCAGGGGACACCAUUAUCUGCAUGGAUGAUGUCUAUGGAGGCACAAAUAGGUACUUCAGGCAAGUAGCCAUGAAAAUGGGGCUGAAUGUGGUUUUUGUGGACUGCACCCAAACCAAGUGCCUAGAAGCUGCCAUUACACCUGAGACCAAGCUGGUUUGGAUUGAGACCCCAACCAACCCCAUGCUGAAGGUCAUCGACAUCGAGGCCUGCGCAGAGGUAGUCCACAAGCACAAAGAUGUUCUGCUGGUGGUGGACAACACUUUCAUGUCUGCCUAUUUCCAGCGUCCUUUGUCUCUGGGGGCUGACAUCUGUAUGUACUCUGCAACCAAGUACAUGAAUGGCCAUAGUGAUGUUGUCAUGGGACUUGUUUCAGUAAACUCUGAGGAACUCUAUGAAAGGCUCAAGUUCCUACAAAACUCUCUUGGAGCUGUUCCCUCUCCCUUCGACUGCUACCUCUGCAACCGUGGCCUGAAGACCCUGGCGGUGCGGAUGCGGCAGCACUUCCGCAACGCGCUGGCCGUGGCUCGCUUCCUGCAGGCACAUCCCCGGGUGGAGAAGGUCAUUUUCCCAGGUUUGCCUUCACACCCCCAGCAUGAGCUCAUCAAGAGGCAGUGCACUGGCUGUCCUGGGAUGGUGACCUUUUACAUCAAAGGAGGUCUGGAGCAUGCUUCUGCCUUCCUCAGGAACUUAAAGGUUUUUGCGCUGGCGGAGAGCCUGGGCGGCUACGAAAGCCUCGCGGAGCACCCAGCCAUCAUGACUCACGCCUCGGUGCCCAGAGAAGACAGAGAGGUUCUUGGAAUCAGUGACACUUUAAUUCGCUUGUCAGUGGGUUUGGAAGACGAAGAAGAUUUACUGGAAGACCUGGAGCAAGCUCUGGAAGCUGUGAGUGCAAACCCGAAGGCUUGA